ACACGGCUAUCCGUACCACAUCAACAUUCCCACGAACCUUUACCAAAGCAAAGUUUACUUGCAACGCUCAGCCUUCAGAUUCACAAGAGGAACGCGAGUCCUAGAAGGCACACAGUGGAAGCUUAGAUUUCCGAUUCUUCGGAUUCCAUCCAUGGAUCAUCCCUCCCACUUCCAUCACCAGCACCAGCAUGCAAGGUACGCUCCUCUUCCCCCUCAUCACCCGCGCCAUUCGCAGUUCCCCGAAGAUCCCCGUUUGCGCCCUCACCACCUUCCUCUGCCGCCACAGCCGCCGGCACCAACUCUUGCACCCCCGCCCCCUCCCCCGUCUCUUUCCUAUCGAACAGUCCGCACCCUUCCUCCCCCGCAUCCCCACCCCUACAAUCCUCCUCAUCAAUCCCAGCUUUCUUUGAACGCCCCGAACUAUGCCCACCGUCCGGUUGAAGAAGAACGCCCUGUAUCUGCUAGCCACCCUCAUGAUUUUAGUCACUCGCAGAGGGUUUCAAAUCGGAUGAUUAUUGAUAAUGAUCGUCCUCGACAUGGUUUCUCUGAUUUCGACUAUCGCAAUGCCGAUAACCGCAUCGGUGGUUGGAACCCACCGAGGGUUUUGUCAGAUAAUCGGCCGUCGAGGCCUUACCCUCCCGUUGACUUUGACCGGGAAUUGCAUCAUCAGCACCCAUCGAAUCACAAAAUAGCGGCGCCAUAUCCGCCAGUUGAUAAAGUUAGGUAUAAUUCAGAGGGCAACUCGAGGGGAAGAGUUGAUCACAAUGAUGGUUAUGAAAUCAAGACAAGGGAGGAGUUUGCAUGGGGUAGAGGCGAUGAGAAAUAUCAUCGCCGCGGGGAUUUUGCAUCAAAUCUCAAUGCAUCUUCUGGAGACUUCGGAAUCAUGUCUAGUCAGAGUACAUUAUCAAGGGAUCUUGAUUCGAGAAAUGGGGAUUAUGCGCAUUACGGCAUGGAACGGGACAACGAAAUAUCUAGGUGUACCAGAAGAGAUGGACUUGGUGAUAGCACGAGGUGGAUAAAUGAUAGGAAGGGCCCCAGAGACCCACACAGUUUAUCUUUUGAAUUGGGAAACAACGAGAACGGUGGUGAUGGUAUUCGGGUAAUGGCCGGGAAGUAUUAUGGUUCAGAAUUGGGUAGAUAUAAUAAUAGAGGGAACAGGGAAUCUGGUUAUGAAUUCAAUCGUGCACCAAAGAAACAAAUUCAGAAAAAGAGCGCACUUCUUAGAAUUCAAAUUGUAAAACCAAAUCAUAAGAACCGUGAGGUUGAACAGUUACAAUAUACCAGUUAUGGUGAUGACUCAAACUCUAAUUCCUUUAGAGGCAAAGAUCAAUUUGAAUAUUCAGGUUUUGGGGUCAGAGGAGAAGAGAGAGAAAGAAGCCCUGUUGAGCUUGAUAUUUCUUUUAAAUCAAAUUCUCUGGUGGCUAAGGCCAUUGUGGCACCUUCAAGUUCUGCAAUUUCUGAUGCAGAUAUCUCCGUUUCUGAUACUGAUUUUGCUCCUGCAGAAAAGGGAAAAAAUGGUUUGGUCUCUGACAGUGAUUCUCCUGAUUUAAAACCUGCCAAACCAUCUAUGGCUGCUGGAAACUUAGGCGGCUCACCUUGCAAGGUAAAUUGCAUCCCUAGUUCUAGCAAGGAAUUUAAGUUACAGAAGAAGGUCUCUGAUAGUUCUCAGCUUUGUGCCACUGUAACUGCUAAUUGUCAUGGAAAAAAUGAGGGGGCUCAAACCCCUAAGGGAAUUCUUUCUCAUGAAAUUACCAACUCUUGUUCUGUUAAAACAUCUCCAAGGGUUGCUAAGAAGAAAAAAGUUGUAAAGAAAGUGGUGAAGAAAGUUGUUUUGAAUCCUGAUUUAAAUGUCUCCAGUUCCUUGUCAUUGAAUAUGCCUGACAGAAUUCUGAAAGCUGAUAAUGCUAGUCCUUCAUCUACCUAUGGAUCUGACAAAACUGAAACUUCUUUAAAGGAGAAAAUAACUGCUGUUGACAAGGUGUCCUUGCCAGAUAAUUUACUGUCUUCUCCGGAGGAAGGACAUCUGAUGCCCAAUAAUAGGAAGGAAGAUGUACCUCUGCUGAGUACAGGGUCACAUACCAGUUCACAAAAGCAUGAGGCUGAUGAUAACCUUGAUAUGGGGAAAGUAGACGGAAUUGAAAGAAGUGAAAACAUUUCUAAUUCUUCAUUGGGUGCUUUUAGCAUUAAAGAUGAAAAGAAUGAUUCUGAUUGCCCGAAUGCAGGUGAUUUUGUCCAUGGCUUGCAUAUCAGUCCAAAUACUGAAAAGGCUGCUAAGACUAAGUCAACCAAUGGAACUUCUUUUUCUGAUACCAGUAACAGCGAUGAUGUUGAGAUGCAACUUUUUCAGAGUGAAGUGUCCCUAUCACCUUGGCAGUAUUCAAAUGUACAAUAUUUAGAUAAUCAGUUUCAGGUAGAAGAUGAUAAGAACAGCAGACUGUCAACAUCGGCUGAGAGUGAAAUUAACACAGAUGUUAUAAACACAUGUAAUUCUGCUAAUGUUAGUCUGGCUUGCUUGAGUUUUAAUGAACUUACUGGUAAUGCACUAAAGAACAUUACAGUUUCUGACUUUGGAAAUGAUGGCAAGCUAGAUUGCAAAACUAAAGCUCUUGCAUUAACUGACAGCGUUAUUUUAGGAGAAAACCUAGAGACUUGCUCCCCUGUACCAAGCGGUGAAAUGGAUGGUCGAACGUCAAGUUCUGGGGAAACUAGGAUUUCAGAUGGUCAAGAAUGCCCAAAACAUUCAAGAGUACCCAUGCAUGUUUCUGGUAAUAGCCCCACUAAUUCAGAAGAAAAUAUCAUGGUUCCCCAUAAUGUUACUGUCAAAGAUUCUGGAAAGGAGGCAUCCCCUGUGGAUGUCAAUGCAUCUCCUGAGACUUGUACCACAGAGCAGUCCCCAAAUGCUAAUUUUUUGGUUGUAUUUGCUGAAGGAGAUACAAAUUUGUCCAAAAAAAGAAAAGUUGAGACACGUGUGAAUUUUUCAAGUUCAGAUAUCAGGGGCAUAUCUCCAGACCCUAUACAUACAGUUAGCCUUGCAAAUGUCCAUACAACCUUAAGUCUGGUUAAGGAUUCAAGUGUGUCUGAAGUUUUAAAUCCACAUGUUCAAAGCUCAAAUUUUUGCUUACAAUCCAGCACAGAUGGGGUUAAUGUUUUUCAUGGGAAAGGGGAGGUUUCGGAGGCUGAAGUUUAUUUUGGAAAUAGUGGCAGUAACAGUGCAAAUAGGGCUUCACCAAUGUCUAAAAUAAAUGAAGUCACUACUAGUCACAUGAAUGUCACUUUAUGUCAAGCUGAACUUUGUGAUGCAAUUGUGGUUGCCACAUCUUGUGCUGAGGUUCCUAUUAGUAUAAGUGAUAACAAGACACACCAGAAAGAGGUUGCAUUUUCAAGCAUGGUUAGACUUUCUGCUUCUCUAUCCUUGCCUUAUCCUGAGAGUAGUGCCAAAUUAUACAACAAUAGUUUGUUUGGAGGAUCUGUUGAGUCUGUGGAUGCAAAUACAAAUAUUACGAAGUUUGAAUGCUCCCAAUUGCAGCACCCAGGCAUCAACUGUCAUUCACUUGAGGAUUUGGCUAUUCCAAAUAAUCAGUUCCCAGUGUUGGAAAACGAGCAUAAAGAAAAGUCUCUUCCAGUUGUGCCUUUAGACUACACUCAAAAGGACAUUUUUGUUUCUGGAAAUACUGUGAGAGAGAAGAUUGACAUACAGGAUGCUGAAAAAUGUGACUCCAGAGAAUUUGUAGAAAGAUCUUCGAGUGCUGAUUUGGAAUCCAGUGAUCCUCAAACAAAGGAUGAUUUACCUCUUGAGCAUCAAUCUCUGUCCUGCCCAGUUGAUACUGAUGCUGUUACAACUAGUGACUGCAGUACAGUAUCGAAUAUGCUUUCUUCAGGGACCAAGCCUGACAUACUUGAUAGUAGGACUUCAGAUUGUCAAGCAAUCCAAAACGAAACCAUUCUAGGGGAUGAACAUAAUGUGAAUAGCAGAUCUAAUGUUGAUCAGGAUUGCGACUUACCUGCUUCUACAUUAUAUUCACAGUAUACUAGAAAGAAUAUAAAGUCAAGUCCUGCAGCCAGACGAGAUAACUUGAUCACAGGGAAGAUGUUGUCUCAACCUUUGCAAGUUGAUUCCAAAGUUAUGACUCAAGGAAUGAAUUCAUCUUGUUCAGAGUUAAAUUGUGGCAAAAACCACUCAGGUUCUGCCAUUCCUGCUACUUUCCAGGGCCGAUCUUAUUUAAAUUUUCCCAAGUCAAAGGCAUCUGCAUUUUCAACCCAGGUUUCAAAACUUCGAACUUGGCACCGUGCAGGUAAUAAUUCUGGUUCUCUAACAGGAAACAAGCCUUUGGCAGGAUCUGUGCCUCCCAAAAGGUCAAUUUCAGAAAAGAAAGGGAACUUUCAGAAUACUUCUUACAUCCGUAAAGGUAACAACAGUCUUGUAAGGAAACAUCCUUCAGUUUCCGCUCCACCACAAUGCUCUGCUAAUCAGUCUUCUUCUUUGGGGUUUGAUGAAUUUCGAAAGAGCACUGGAUCUGAAAUUAAGGUUGAAAUCCCAAAUCAAGCCAAUCUCUUGAAAACAGGAUUGACGCACGCUCCCUUGGAGAGGCAAAGAACACCUCCGCUACCUGUUGACAAUAAAUUACCUAAUCAUAUGGUAACAGCAUGUGAGGAGAAUAAAUCUUUCUCAUUACUGGAACACCUUUCCAAUGUUCCCUGUGAUAAUGCAUCUGAACCUAGAAACUUUAUGGAACCUUGUGAUGCUCCAAACUCUGCAGAGGAUGCACUGAAGUUGGGUGGAACUGUUGAAAGUCUAACUCUUUCAUCAAACAAUGUGGAAAGCCAAGUUGAAGCACAUGAUGAGAAUGCGUCUUUGGAUUCAAAGAGAAUAACCUAUGUAAAGCGCAAAUCAAAUCAGUUGGUUGCCACUUCAAAUUCUUGUGAAGUUUCUGUUGCUACUGAUGACAAUGUCCAGAUGGCCCCUUCUGAUGGGUACUACAAGAGGAGCAAAAAUCAGUUAGUUAGGACUACAUUUGAAAGUCAAAUGAACCAGACAGUUGUGAUGCCCACUGUAAACUCUGAUGGGCACAUGGCCCGAAAGGCUAGCUGCAACAGGAGGAUUAGUAAGAGGCGGUCAUUGAAGGUAGUUGGAAGGUCAUGCAAACCUUUGAGAGCCUCAUUGGUGUGGACACUCUGUGGUGCAAGUUCAUCCAAAAAUGACAAUGACCCUCUGCAUCAUCAGAAGGUUCUGCCUCACUUGUUUCCAUGGAAAAGAGCAUCACAUUUACGGAGUUUCAUUUGUAAUCCUCUUUUGAGCUCCAAUACUAGUCCGUUAUCUGCAAUCAGCAAGAAAUUGGUUCUCUCGAGAAAGAGAGAUACUGUUUAUACUAGGUCAACCCAUGGAUUUUCCCUUCGGAAAUCCAAGGUGUUAGGUGUUGGUGGAUCUAGUCUAAAAUGGUCAAAAUCAAUCGAGAAGUCUUCAAAGAAAGCUAACGAGGAAGCCACGCUUGCAGUUGCUGCUGUAGAGAAGAAAAAGAGGGAACAGAAAGAUGUUGCUUGUAUCAGUUCUCGGGCAAAGAGAGAACGUAUAUUUCGUAUUGGGUCAGUUCGUUACAGAAUGGACUCUUCGGGGAGGACACUUCAAAGAAUUUCAGAUGAGUCCAUGCCCUCUGCUUCUCUCCGUUCAGGUUUGCAUGUGAAAAGUUCAUACAUUCCAAGGAGAUUAGUGAUUGGAAAUGAUGAAUAUGUUCGAAUUGGCAAUGGCCAUCAGCUUAUCAGAGACCCAAAGAAGCGAACUCGAAUGUUGGCUAAUGAAAAAAUUAGAUGGAGUUUACACACAGUUAGACAACGGUUGGCUCGAAAGCAGAAGUAUUGUCAAUUCUUUACUAGAUUCGGGAAAUGUAACAAGGAUGACAGGAAGUGUCCCUAUAUUCAUGAUCCCUCAAAAAUUGCUGUCUGUACUAAGUUUCUGAAUGGUUUAUGUUCCACUCCCAACUGCAAACUGACUCAUAAGGUUAUACCAGAGAGAAUGCCUGACUGUUCUUAUUUUUUGCAAGGUUUAUGCACAAACAGAAAUUGCCCCUAUAGGCAUGUUAAUGUGAACCCUAAGGCACCUGUUUGUGAAGGAUUUCUCCGGGGCUAUUGUGCCAAUGGCAACGAGUGUCGGAAGAAGCACACCUAUGUCUGCCCUACUUUUGAAGCAACAGGAAUCUGCACCCAAGGGACCAAAUGCAAACUUCAUCACCCCCAAAAACAAGGCAAAGGAAAGAAAAGGAAGAGAUCCGUAGAGCAGAGGAACUGUAAAAGGCGAUACUUUGGUUCUUUACAGAUUGAUGCUUCUGAACCUGGGACGAUGGUUGUAGCUCCUCGGCAAGAGGAACAAAAUAAGGAUGACCUUGAAGGAGAACUGACUGACUAUAUCAGUCUGGAUGUCGAUGACGAUGAAGACGUUGCAGAACUUACAGGACAAGCGAGCGAGCAAUCAACAUUAUGUGAUAGUGAACCUGUGGAUAUAGUGUUGGAUGAUCAGGAUGAACUCAUUAAACCGGUUCUUAUAAUGAAAUCUCUAGUCUGACAGCCCCCAGCCAGGCAAGUGGCAGGGGGACUAUUUGUGAAGGUAAUGCAAUUUUUUACCUUUUUCCCCCUUAUUUUAUCUGCCUGGUUGAUUUUCAAUGCCCUCCUCCCGUCACUUGUACGUGUUUUACACUGUACAGCAACGUGAAUAUUAUAUAGAUAACCUGCUCCAAUAAGAGCAAUUCUGA